AUGUCCGCCGAUCGAGUCAAUCGCCCAGGUAGAGGGGCGCCACCAAGGGAGGAUCUGCGCAAACAUUUUGCGAAUAGCGGUGCCAGUCCCGCCGCGGGACGUGGAGGCCAUGACAUGUGCUCGACGUGGCGGAUGUGGCGGCGCAGACGCUUUGCCAGCAACAUGGCCUCUACCGGAUCAGUCGCAACAGCAAAGAGACAUACGAGACAUAGAUCUUCGUCGAAUUACAGGCAACCACAAGCCGACAAAUCCCGAGCCAGUAAAGGCGAAACAUUGUCAAACCCACGCGACUGGGCGUACGUCUCUCCCUUCACGUCUGACGCCACACUCAGCUCGGGUCAUCUGCGCCACCGUCGUUGA